CCUAGCAGCCACAUGUCCUGCCUCUGUGGCUGGGCUGGGGACAAGCGUGAGGGCUCCAGGUACAGGACUCCCAAAGUUAAGAGUUUCAGGUCACAUUGGUGAAUCAUUCUGCAAGCAGAUGCCACAGGUCUCUUCUCAGACUGGGAAACAUGCAAGGUCAGCGUCAGCAGAUCUGACCCUAAAAAUAGGCUCUCGGAUGCCAGUCAAGGUGGCCGUGUGUGCAGCUGCCACACACCCCACGGACCAGCACCUCCUGACCCAGCCAGCUCCCAGCACGUACAGCUGCAGAAAGGAAAGCAAAUCCCUUGGCUCCAAAAUGACAUCCGGAGAACCGAAGACAAGCCUCAAGAAUGCCUGCCCAUCUGCCCGGAGGCUGCUGCCGAAGGCAGAGGAGGAGGAGGAGGCAGACUACUGCGCCCCUGGGGCCUUCGAGUUGGAGCGCCUCUUCUGGAAAGGCAGUCCCCAGUACACCCACGUCAAUGAAGUCUGGCCCAAGCUGUACAUUGGUGACGAGGCUACGGCGCUGGACCGCUAUGGGCUGCAGAAGGCAGGCUUCACGCACGUGCUGAACGCGGCCCACGGCCGCUGGAACGUGGACACGGGGCCCGAAUACUACCGCGACAUGGCCAUCGAGUACCACGGCGUCGAGGCCGACGACCUGCCCACCUUCGACCUCAGCGUCUUCUUCUACCCGGCGGCCGCUUUCAUCCACGCAGCGCUCGGCAGCGAUCACAAUAAGAUCCUGGUUCACUGCGUCAUGGGCCGCAGCCGGUCGGCGACCCUGGUCCUGGCCUACCUGAUGAUCCAUAGGAACAUGACCCUGGUGGACGCCAUUCAACAAGUGGCGAAGAACCGCUGUGUCCUACCCAACCGGGGCUUUCUGAAGCAGCUCCGGGAACUGGACAAACAGCUGGUGCAGCAGAGGCGACAGGCCCAGAGCAGCGACGACAGUGAGAAGGCCAGUGAGAAGGAGCUGUAGGGUCCCACAGGGAGACGGCAGAGACACUGGGAAUGCAGAGGGAAGGCUGAAAUAGCUCUGGCCUGUGACUUCGUUUGUCAUGGAGAAGGGACAGUGAAACUAAAGCUUGACUUCUUCCAAACAAGCUCAAACUUCCCAGGUGUGUGCUGAUGAACAGGGAAGAUUGAAAGCUGCCCCUUGGAGAAGGCCAGUACUUGGCUUCCCAGCAAAAUGGGUCAGACAGGCUUCCCAGCCAGAACUGGUUGUAAAUGAGCACAUGGUUCUGCACAAAGGCACCUGUACUUUUUUUUUUUUUUUCUGUAUAAGAUGGAAGCAGAAAAGGAUUUAAAAAUGUGUAAGCAUUGUGUUGUAAUUAAAUGUUUGGCUUUGUCUGAAAGUCAGAUUCUUAAAAAAUAAUUUUAAAAUAUACAUUUAUUUUCUAACCACAGAAAAGUGCCCGGGAGAGCUGUGUUACAGGAGAGUUUGCACAGCUUCUCAGUGAAUCCCCUUUCUGGGACAUCUGCAUUUCCUUACCUUCUCCUGCAUCCUCUUUCGAUGGAAUCCCCGGGCUUGGGCCAACCUAUAGGUGCUGCUCUCUGGAAACUGUGGAGAGUGACUCAUUUGGUAGAAGUGGGGAAUGGGGGUCCUGAGUCCUUAUACAGAGGCCUCUGCUUUGGGCUCCUCCAUUUCCUCAGGGAGCCAGGGCUCUUUAGAAUUUUAGCAGAGCUGACACUACUCAGAAAAAUUCACUAAAUUGUGGUAAAUUUGGACAAGAAUUUGACUACAAUUUUGAGAAAAAGAGGGAGGAGACACUCUUUAGGGGACUGGAACUUGGGGAAGCUCCUUUCAUUGUGAUUCUAGUCAAAGCAACACGGGCUAGUUUUCAGUCACACCAGAAAGUAUUCGCAAAUGUGUUUGCUCUAGAAUGGGAGAAUGAGGCAGCCAGGUGAGCUCAGGUGUGGAGUUCUCCUACCCAUGAGCUAAGCCAGUCGCCAUGACUGUGUGAUCUCAUUCUUGAGGAGAAAACAGCAGCAGGCACCAAGAGGCAGAGAUGGCUUCUAGAACCAGGACCAGUAAGCCAUACAGAACCGAAAAAGAGAUGCUGAUGGAGAUGCCAGCAGGGAAGGACCAGAAACCAAAACCACCUGAAGAAAGCAAAAAGAGUGUGAUAAAGGCCUGUUGGAAAAAUAAGAAAAAGGGCCCAUUCCUCUACUUUGGUUGUGGUUUUCACAGAAUGAAAGGGGAAGUUCUUGAUGGAGGGAGGAUAAUGUCCAGAGGCUCAGCAGCUGUAAAGCCACCCAAGAGGCAUCUUGUAACCUUUGCCAGGCUUCCCUGUUUUUGUGCCGGAGGAAGAACUUGUGGCCUGGGCCCCUAUGGCUGGGCCUGCCUUUCUGGGACUGCACAGGGUCUGCUCCAGGACAGUCACAUUGGCCCGAGAGAAAUCGGGUCCUCAUAGUGACACAGAUUUGGGUGUGAGGGGAGCCAGACACAGGCUCUUCGGAAAGGGACUCUCGGGUCACAGUGGCCCCUAGCUAGACCUUCCCAUCACAGGAUCCCGAUAACCCCCUUGACACUCAUUCAUCUUCUAGGUCUCAUCUAUUCCUUGUCCAAAGAGAAAUCAAUAUUUCCAUUUUAAGGAAAUAUUACAUUUUCUAUAUCAUAAUGAAAUAUUUACAUUUAGGUGAAUCCAUAUGUGGGCAGGAUGGAACAUCUAGAGGUCCACUCCUGACAUUCUCUUGGGUGUCCCUCCGCCUUCCUACAUGCUCUCACCUCUCGGCGGGGUUAUGAGUCCUGCUGAGGACAGCAGAAGCAGAAAACUUUAAAGUUGGAGGUCUGGUCUCUUCAAGAUGACUCCUGGGAACCACAGGUAGGAGAAAGGAGGAACAGAAGUUUUUGCAAAAGUGUUUCAAGUCUUCAGAAGUAAAAUAUUAAUUUGGUCAACAAAUAUUGAUUGAGAAUCUAUUACAUGCCAAAAACUGGUUUAGGAAGCCAAAUGUCAAAAACAAAAAUGCAUGCUGUGAUAAAGUGCAAUGAGGGAAACAGGUACUGGGGUGGAGAACAAUUGGGGGCAGGAUGGGGAAAAAAUCCACUUUACACGGGGUGGUUGAAGAACACCUCUCUAAGGAGAUGAGCUGAGCUGAGACGUGAAGGAACUCGUCUUCCAAAUGGGGCGGGAACGUUCUAGGCCGAGGAACAGCACAGGAGAAGGCCCUGACGUGGCAAGAGGUAUGUUUUUGAGGAAACACACUGAGGUGGUGUGUUUGAGGACCUGCCCAUCAGCGAAGCUGCAGCUCGUGGGGGAGGAGGAAGUGCAAGGAGACAGGGUAGAGAGACUAGAUUUUAUUUCAAGUGCAAAGAAAGACCACUGAAGGGUUUGAAGCAGGGGAAUGGUAGGAUCUAUGCUUUAUGAUCGCUCUCGAAAGAAAAAGUCACUCUUGCUGAAGAAUGGAGAAUGGAUUGUAGGGAGGCAAGAAGGGCAGCUAGAAGGCUGUCGGAGCUAUUGACAGGGAAGAGGAAGACAGCCUGCACGAAGCACCAGGGGACUAGUAUUCAGGAUUAUUUUAGAAUUAUCCUGGAGAAUUGACAGAACCUGCUGAGAAGGGAGGGAGAAAUGAAAGUUAUCAAUUCAGUUUCUUGGUGGUGCCUUAAUCCUGAGAU